GGAUGACCCACCUGAGAAGGAUGAUUCCGGCAACGGCCGAGGGUCUGGCGGGGCGGAGAAGGCACAAAUGCUGCUGGAGGUGCCAACAAGGAGCCGAUUGUAAUUGAGAACCCGGGCGGCAGUUCUCCUGCAAAGAUGCAACCCGGCCAAACUGUGGGGGAAGCGCUGGAUACGCUGAGGGGCAUGGACGGCUUCGGGGAGGGCCGUUUGCAGCGCCCCGACGGGACCAUCUUGGCUCGUGGCAGCCCAUUAGAACCGGGGGUGGUGUUUGUCCCGAACGUUGCUAAGGAUAAGGGCAAACCGGCAGAGCCAAAGCCGCUGGAGCCAAAGCCGGCGGAACCGAAGCCGGCGGAGCCAAAGCCGGCGGAACCAAAACCGGCUGAACCAAAGCCGGUGGAGCCGAAGCCGGCCGAGCCAAAGCCCGCGGAGCCAAAGCCGGCGGAACCGAAGCCGGCGGAGCCAACUCCGACGGAACCGAAGCCGGCCGAGCCAAAGCCCGCAGAACCGAAGCCUGCAGAGCCAGUUCCGACGGAACCGAAGCCGGCCGAGCCAAAGCCGGCGGAACCGAAGCCGGCAGAGCCAACUCCGACGGAACCAAAGCCGGCAGAGCCAAAGCCGGCGGAACCGACGGAUCCAAAGCCAGCGGAACCAAACCCGCCGGCAAAAGAGACACCGGCGGCUGACCCCAGCGAGCAGCCGAUUCCCCCGAAUCAGCCCCCAAGCCUGCUCAAGAACUGGGACUUCGAGAACGAGAGAGAGGCCUUCAAGAACUACAAAGGGGACCGCGUGGUGGACAUGCGGUCAACCGAGCUGACCGACUGGAGGAUCACCAAAGGCAACGUCGAACUCAUCGGCAGCGGCUGCUUCAAAGCACAGAGCGGGGACUACUGCGUGGACCUUACCGGCCGUCAACCGGGCGGCGUCGAGCAGUCCUUCGACACCGAGAAAGGGGCGAUUUACACCGUCACUUUCGGCCUCGCCGCCAAUCCGGAGCAUCCGGGGACCGACAUCGUGCACGUGUCUGUCGGCGACUUCAAGAAGGCAAUCACGUCUCCCAAGUCGCCCUUCAACAAGAAGGGGGGCAAGCCCUACCCCUCCAAGUGGGCUGACGUCACCUUCGCCUUCAGAGCGACCGAGUCGAGGUCUACGAUCCGUUUCGAGUCACCAUGCGGCAACAAGGGAGUCUACGGGCCUUGCAUCGACAAUGUCAGGAUCGUCAAGGGUGGAAAGCUGCCACAGCCGAGCCCCAAUCUGAUCAAGAACGGUGACUUUGAGGACAGCCCGCCGGACGUCAUCGACCGCGCUAACCCCGACAGGAAUGUGAAGGCCGGGUCAAACGAGAUCCCGCACUGGACCGUUGGCAAAAGUGACGUGGACCUCCAGCGGCGCGACCCGGGCACGUGGGGCUUCGCUCAGUCCGGCGACUUCCACAUCGACCUCAACGGACGUCACGCCGGGUCCAUCCAGCAGACGUUCCCCACCACGCCGGGCCAGAAGUACGUCGUCCGCUUCGCGCUGGCCGGCAGCCCCGCCGGGCACCAGCGCAACAAGACUCUCGACGCAAUCGUGACCGUUGCUGACGUCAGGAAGGUCAUCCAGUCGCCGCCGGGCCAAGACGGGAAGUCGACCUUGUGGGAGACCCACACGUUUGAGUUCACCGCCACGGCUGAUCAGAGCACUCUUAAAUUCGAAGGGGAGGACUCUAACAAUAGCGCGUAUGGCGUGUUGCUUGACAACGUUGCGGUCGUGCCGGCCGGGGCGAAGAUACCGGUGACGGAGCCGGAUUAUGAUAAGCAUACGGUGGAGUUUGUUUAGAUGAAAGUUUGUUGAGUUGAGAAGGGGAAGCUCGGCUCACAAGCGUUCCCGUCACCGUCGCCUCGUCCGUGUCGUUUUCGUAGGUUGAUAAUCAGAUUUUUUUAUCAAUGCCCUUUUUUCCCGGGGCAAUUUUGGCGGCUGUAUUUGGACGGUAGAGAGCCAAUGAGACAAUCAUGUCAGGUUAAUUGAACACCACAGUGACAGACUAACACGUACCCCAGUAAUAAACUUGAAAUGCACUUUGUGAUCCUUGUCAAGCUUUUGCCGUCCUCAAGCACGGUAAUCCCAGUCGCCGUCUAAAGCCAUGUAAUAAUCGUUCU